AAGAAAUAUAUGUACAACUCCACGGAACCUCCCAUCACUCCUUGCCCCUACUCCCUCAAGACGCAAAGAAUGUUCAAAACGAAGCUACAAGAGCUUUGCCACCAGUACGGGUGGAAUUUGCCAGAGUACGGGACAGAGAAAGAGGGACCUGAUCACAAUCCUCGUUUCACAGCCACUGUUACCGUCAAUGGAUUCUCCUUUGCGUCACCCAAGGACCAUUGCCGAUCCUCCAAAGAAGCCCAAAAUCUUGCUGCCCAUAUCGCCUUUGACCAUUUCACUUCCCCCAAAUCCGCCCAGGCCAUCUCACAUCACAACAUUCCUUCACCUUCACCUGCUGCUGCACUACCAAUCUCCUCUUCUUCUGGCGCUUCAACAUCAAGCAGUAAGGUGGAUGUUAGACCUCCAAAUAUGGAUAUUUUCCAGCAAAGACAGAAUAACGUUGGACAACCUUCUCGUGUCAAUGGAACUCCAUUGGCUGGUAGGGACGCUAAUACCUCGAAAGGGAUGCUUCAUCUAUACAAGAAUCGAUUACAACAGUAUGCCCAAAAGCAAAAUCUCACUUUACCCGUGUAUUCUUCUGAACUUGAUGGCCCUCCGCACGCCCAUCGGUUUAGGUCAAAAGUGACUAUUGAUGGAAAAACUUAUGAAACUCAGGAGUUCUUCUCUACAUUGAAGGAAGCUGAACAUGCAGCUGCAAAAGUUGCUUUUGAGUCAUUAGCGCUGAAUGACAUUCAGGAGGAUGAAGGUUUAUACAAGACACUUUUGCAAGAACUGGCUCAAAAAGAGGGUUUACUUUUUCCAGUUUAUGAUACAGCCAGAGCUGGCCCACCUCAUGCACCAACAUUCAGCUCAACGGUGGAAGUUGGAGGUGGGACAUUUGAAGGCCAAGAAGCUAAAACCAAGAAGCAAGCAGAGAUGAAUGCUGCAAAGGUUGCUUACAAUGCCCUUGUGAAACGUAAGGGUAGUCAAAUUGAUCUCCUUGAUGGUAAUUUGAAGAGUAUCUUAGGGGGGGUUGCAUCUUCUAGCUCGCAGUCAACUAUCAAAGAUAGUGCAAAGCACGCAAUCAGGGCAAAUGAAGUUGAAAACAAGGCUUGUAAUAGGAGGCAUACUGACGUGUCUGUUAAUAAAGACGGUCAACUAGGUGAAUCUCUUAAGGUCCUUCCAGCUAGUUCAGGAUGUGCUGCUACUGAUGUACCACAACCAGUUGUUCAGCAGAAAACCAAAUUGAUAAUUGAAGAACUAAAUCUGCAAAAAGAAGGUGCUUUCUGUAAUCUGAAACCCAUUGACAUCAUUUAUUUAACUCGAUUUUUUUACUUNGAUAUCCUUUGCUGGCACUCUUUAGCCCUAUGUCUCUUAUGGCUAGGAGGUUCAAAUUAUUGCUUUUGA